CCGAUGAUAAGAACGCUCAGAGACAUCUGUCUGGCUGGGCCAUGAGAAACACCAACAAUCACAACUGUCAGAUCCUGAAGAAGUCUUGUUUGGGUGUGGUGGUCUGUUCUCGAGGCUGUACGCUGACAGACGGAUCCAGACUGCAGCUCCGUCCUGCCAUUUGUGACAAGGCGCGGCAAAAACAGCAGAAGAAGCUGUGUCCGAACUGUAACGCUGCUCUGGAGCUGCUGCCUUGUCGAGGUCACAGCGGGUACCCCGUUACCAACUUCUGGAGGGUGGACGGAAAGGCCAUCUUCUUCCAG